AUGGGUUCUCAGCCCCCAGUCCACAAGCGCCUCAUUGUCUGCUGCGAUGGGACGUGGAUGAAUAGCGACAACGGCUAUAACGAGCCGACUCUGGGAAAUCCUCAGCCGACACUUCAAGUGCCCUCAAACGUGACUCGAAUCAGCCGUUGCUUCAAGCGGCGAUGUCAAGAUGGCACACUGCAAGUCAUGACUUAUGAAUCCGGCGUAGGGACAGGCAGUAAUGCCAUUGAUACCUUUACAGGCGGCGCAUUUGGCCUAGGUCUAUCUGAGCGAGUUCGCGAUGCGUACUCAUACUUGUGCGUCAAUCACAUAGACGGCGACGAGAUAUUCCUAGUUGGGUUUUCUAGAGGGGCCUUUACAGCCCGAUCGGUUGCCGGCAUGGUCGGUAAUCUAGGUCUUCUUACUAGAGAAGGCUUGGAAUACUUUUAUCCCAUCUUCAAAGAUAUGGAGAAUUGGAACAACGACGGGUAUAAAGACGAGUUUCCAGGACAGCCGUUUGACAAUAAGCCCAAGGGGCCAAAUGCAGCGGCCGUAUAUCGAGAAAGGCUCGAAAAACUGGGUUAUACUCGCGUGUACCAAGAGAAUGGCGACUUGAUCAAGAUCAAGGCUGUUUGUGUCUGGGAUACUGUCGGCAGUCUAGGCAUACCCAAGAUACCCUGGCUUGAAAAGAUAGGCAUACACCCCGCGAACAAAGAAUAUAGAUGGCAUGAUACUUCAUUAUCGGAUAGAAUAGAGCAUGCCUUUCAGGCACUCGCCUUGGAUGAAACUCGCGCUCCAUUCAGUCCAGCUGUCUGGGAACGCCUCCCGCAGAACAAAAUGACGACUGAGCUGAGGCAGGUCUGGUUCCCAGGCAAUCAUGGCAACUGUGGUGGUGGAUGGCCGGACCAGGAAGCCGCCGAUGCCUCACUUGCAUGGAUGAUGGACCAGAUGGCAUCCGUGGGAGUCGAGUUCGAUUUGUCAUGUCUAGAAAGGGUCGCACAGAGCACCAUCAGCUAUUACAAAAACCAGAAAGCUGCUUCAAAGAAAGGAGGCCCAAAGUGGGCUAUUGACCCCAUUUACUCGAACAAUCAGCCAGUGAGGCCAUGGGCACUCGGGUCCAUUAACAAAGCCGGCAGUUUCAUAUACAAACUUGCAGGCUUCGAAAACAGGACGCCUGGCUUGUAUAAGCGAACUGACCCCAAAACGGACCGCGAGACCAACAUGUUCCUGCAAGACACCAACGAGCGCAUUCACUGCUCUGCGAGGAUCAGGCUAGCCUGCAAAGGCCUUGGUUUGGAUGAUAAAGCCGUUUGGACCUGCCCAUCACUGGCAAACUGGCAAUUGAAGCACACCACCGAAACAUACAAGGACCCCAUCCCUCAGAGCCCGAGCUGGUGGCAAGGCCCUCCCGAUGAAUCUGGGCUUGAGAGGCAGCAAGGGAGGUGGAUUUGGGAAUAUGCCGGGCCAAAAAGCUCCGAACCCGCAGAUCCCAAGCAAAGAAUCAUGGUGGAGGAGCCCCUAGGGCCGCAUGAACGGUACUUGCUUCAGCUAUCUGCGGGAACGCCAAAUGUUUACCUGUUUGCUGAGACUCAGGACAUUGUCUGGCAGGGGAAGACGAUUCCCGCUCCGUAACUUGCAAGGGAGUGACUUCAAUGAUGUAUCAAUAUGUUUAGUAGCGCGGCGCAUUUUCUUUGGGACAUUAGAAUCAGCAUGAAAGAAUUUGAUUUUUUUG